AUGAAGAUCAACUGGGCAUUUGCUGUCUCCCUCGUGGGUCUUCUGGUCACGUCUUGGUAUUACGUCAAUAUGCUAACUCUGACACAGCAGCUGCAACAGGCGAACACACUGAAUGCAAUGCAUGCGGAGUAUUCUUCGUCAAAGACGCUGGAGGCCCUAGAGAUUCUUGAGGAGUUCAUAGACGAGCGAGGCGUCGUGAAGUACGCCUUUGAUUUUCUAGAGCUAAGGAAGAAACGGGAUGCCAAAGGUCGGGCUAUAGACCGUGCCCGGCGGCAUCUCACCCAGUGGUUCUCUCGUGUGCAAUACUUCUACGAAUUUGGUUAUCUUAAGCACGAAUACAUACUGCGAUUUCCAGGCCCAGAGAGGAGCCGGCACUUUCUCUACCUUAUUGAACCACUGGAAUUCAUCAGCCGCAGGGCAACCGGCAGGAAGCAUUCCGGCGUAUUUGACUUCCUAAGAGAGGUGUACCAAAUGCCACACGUACGGUUAUCUGACGAAUUUAGGCAAACUGUAGAAAGCAUGCUGCCCCACCCAGGGGAAGAAGAAAGUCCUGAGGCCAUCUUAGAUGACGUGGGCGACGAUCCACCAGCGGAUGCAGAGGAGAGAAAGAGAGAGGAAAUGUGA